GUUACUAACUCUUACCAUUUUAAUUUUUUUCAGUUCUGUUAUGAGUCGCUAAAAUCAUGGUGAAAUGUUGCUCGGCCAUUGGAUGCGCUUCUCGAUGUUUGCCAAAUUCCAAGUUAAAAGGACUGACAUUUCACGUAUUCCCCACAGAUGAAAAUGUCAAAAGAAAAUGGGUAUUAGCAAUGAAAAGACUUGAUGUGAAUGCUGCAGGCAUUUGGGAGCCCAAAAAAGGAGAUGUGUUGUGUUCAAGGCACUUUAAGAAGACAGAUUUUGACAGAAGUGCUCCAAAUAUUAAACUGAAACCUGGAGUCAUACCUUCUAUCUUUGAUUUCCCAUCUCACUUACAGGGAAAAAGGAGAAAGCUUCAUUGUAGAACAAACUUCACUCUCAAAACUCUUCCCGUCACAAACCACAAUCACCAGCUUGUUGGUGCUUCCUCGUGCACUGAAGAAUUCCAAUCCCAGCUUAUUUUUGAACAUAGCUACAGUGUAAUGGACAGUCCAAAGAAACUUAAACAUAAAUUAGAUCACGUGAUCAGCGAGCUAGAGGAUACCAAGAAAAGUCUGCAGAAUGUUUUAGACCGAGAAAAACGUUUCCAAAAGUCACUGAGGAAGACAAUCAGGGAGUUAAAAGAUGACUGUCUCAUCAGCCAAGAAACAGCAAAUAGACUGGAAACUUUCUGUUGGGAAUGUUGUCAGGAGAGCAUAGAACGAGACUAUAUUUCAUGAAAUAAGUUCACGUACUACCUUAAACUGACAUUGGUAUAACUUUUUAGAAACUUAUUUUCAUUUAUCAUCAUUAAAUACUAUCCAUUUCAGAUACUUGUUUGGAUCCUCUGGAGCAUUAUGCACUGUAGUUAUCCAAAGACUCUUUUGAAGAUGUGUAGAAAUUUGUUCUAGUCUAUCAUGUUUUUGUGUGACUUGUGACAAUUAUGUUUUUAUAGACCUAAAUUAGUGCUAGGUCACUAUUGUAUUAAAGGAUGUUAAAGGCUCAAGAAAAGUCCACAAGACUAAGGAAAUGAUAUCAAAUCAGCCACAUUAAGCUGUAGUCCUAGGAAAUGAACACUUCUUCAGCAGCAUCAGAUUUUUUAUUUCAAGGAAGUACCUUACAUGUGCUUUAUGUUAAGUCCAUUGAAUUGUACUUUAAUGUAUUUUACAAUAAAGUAGAAUUCAGUUAUAUGUCCAUCUUGAACCCCAUCCAGGCUGCUUUUCUUACCAAUAAUACAAAAAGAUCUUUUUACAAGACAUUGUGUAGUGCUGACCGUGAGAACGACACUUGGUGCAGAUCUAUUGCCUUUUAAAGUUCUUCAGAAUCAAGUUAAAAAGACCUUGAUGAGGUCUUAGUUUUCCUCUGCAUUACAUCGCUCCUCCUCACCAGGGAGUCCUUUGAUGUAAACCAGUAUAGCUUUAAAAGAUUCUUAGAGGGUCAUAAAUCUGAUUUUCCAUGCUUAUUUGGCCUGACAGUUAUUCCAAACAUUGUCUCAUGACUUACUUCAUCAGAAAGGUGUAUUUUUAAUCCCUGAAUGCAAGUACUAGCUGAAUAUUUUUAAUGCUGCUUUGUAUUUUACAGAAAGUAAUAUUGAUGACAUUUUUUAAAAAUAUAGAAGAAACUUUUAAAAAUAAGGAUGUGGCUCUUCUACUUGAAAUAGGAAUUGGAGAAAGGAUUACAAUAUUUUCCUCUAAUUAGAAUAGAUUACUGUCCAAAAUUUUUUAUUUAGCAAAAAACAUAAGUAAAACAGCCAUUAGAGUAGGCGCAUACUGAAUAUACAGAAAUAGAACUCUUAGCUGUUUGUUGAUCCAAGUGAGAGAAAUUUAGCUUUUCUCCUAAUUUCUUAGUAAAAACAAUUCAGUCAUCUUAUCAAUUAGAGUAAAAAUUUCUUAACCCAACGCCAAAGUUCCACUUCAAUACACAUGUAUAUAUACAAACCUCAUUCAGAUUUCUAUGCCUUAGUAAGUAGAAUUUCAGUACCUAUUAUCUCAAUGUGCUAACUAGAAAGGAACUGUAUUUUGUGCUUAAAUUUGAUUAUCAUUUAUAUUAUAUUACUAUCAGUAAGAAUAUGAUGGCUUAAAAUUUUUUUAUAUUUAAGAAUUUUAUAUUUUUAUCCAUGUUAUAUUUUGAUGUAGGAUUCCAAACCUUCCCUCAAAGUGGGAUUUUACUCAUAUUUGAGAGGUCAGCAUUACACUAAGAAGGAAUCACUGGUCAUAUCUUUUUACUAUCUUAAAAAAAAGUUCAUUAGCUACCCGUUAUUUAUUUUAGUUAUUUAAUUUUUAAUUGAUAAUGGGCACUUUAAUGGAAAGUUUGGGUGUGCACUUAGAUUUUAUGGAGAUACUGUGGUAGAGAUGCAGACUUU